AUGCCGCCGAAGAGAGGCAAGAAGGCCGCCGCUGUAGCUGCACCGCCGGCCCCUCCUCCCCUGGAUGGCUGCACCAUCGCUUUCAGCGGGUCCUUCCCCGGACUCUCUCAGUCAACCCUCCAGGGCCAGGCCACCCAAUUGGGCGCUGCAACAUCCAGCUCCGUCACCAAGAACACCACCCACCUGGUCACUACUCCCGCCGACUUCGCCAAGCCCUCGGCCAAGGUCAAGGACGCUCAGAAUAAUGGUAUCCACAUCGUGAGCCUGCACUGGUUGCAGGACUCUCUGCAGAAGAACAAUCGAGAAUCCGAGCAGACUUACGGCUUUGGCGCCGUCAACGGUUCUUCAGCUGCCCCUGCUGCGCCCCAAGCCUCCACCACUAACGGCUCCACCUCUCGUGUCAAGUCCGCUAAAGCCAACGGAUCUAAGAAGCGCCAGGCCUCUCCUAGCCCUGACGUUGCUGCCGCUGACGAGGACGAGGAUGAGCCAGAGCCGCAAAAGAAGAAGAAGAAGACAGUUGCUGAAAUUGCCGAGAGCGAGUCCAAGCGCGACUUCGGCGAGGGCCAAAUCGCAAAGUCGCGCGAUAUCCGCAUUCCGGUUGACGAGCACUGUGACCUGCAGGGUUACGGUGUCUACAUUGGCGAUGACGGUGUCAUUUGGGAUGCAUCUCUGAACCAAACCAACGCCGGCCACAACAAUAACAAGUUCUAUCGCAUCCAGCUUCUUGGUGACGGCAAAGGGGUCUGCUUUACCUGGACUCGAUGGGGACGUGUUGGCGACCGCGGCCAGUCGGCGACUUUGGGCGGCGGCAGUCUGGACGACGCUAAACGUCAGUUUGAGAAGAAGUUCAAGGAUAAGUCUGGCCUCCAUUGGAACGACCGUACGGCGGCGCCGAAGCCUGGCAAGUAUGUCUUCCUUGAGCGUAGUUAUGACGAGUCAGAUUCCGAGGAUGAGGACGACGAAGACAAGAAAGCCAACGGCAAGGUCAAAGACGAGGAUGAUGACUAUAAGCCGCCCAAGUGCACUCUCUCAGCUCCCGUGAAAGAACUCAUGGAACUUAUCUUCAAUCAGCAGUACUUUGCUGCUGCCAUGUCUGAUCUCAAUUAUGAUGCCAACAAGCUGCCUCUCGGUAAGCUGAGCAAGGCAACCAUCAUGAAGGGUUUCCAAGCCCUCAAGGAUCUCUCUGCGGUGCUUGACGACAACAGCUUGGCAGUCAACUAUGGCACCUCGCUCGUCAACGCCGUGGAAAACCUCUCUAACCUUUUCUAUUCCUUUAUCCCUCACAACUUCGGUCGCAACCGACCCCCCAUCAUCCGCGAUCAGGCCAUGGUCAAGAAAGAAAUAGAACUUCUGGACAACCUGACUGACAUGAAGGAUGCCACCGCCCUGAUGAAGGCAAACCUGUCGUCUCGUCCUACUACUCAUCCCCUCGACACCCACAAGGAAUUCCUCCUGCUGCAGGAGUAUCUGGUGGAGACUCGAGGACAUACUCAUAAUGCCAACUAUCGUGUCGAUGCUAUCUUCCGCAUAGAGCGCCAAGGAGAGCUCGAUCGCUUUGACAAGAGUGUUUUCUCCGGCCCACCCAAGGACCGUCGCUUGCUCUGGCACGGAUCUCGUGCCACCAAUUUUGGUGGUAUUCUCAGCCAGGGUCUGCGCAUUGCCCCUCCCGAGGCACCUGUGUCUGGGUACAUGUUCGGCAAGGGCAUCUAUCUGGCCGACAUGUCCUCCAAAUCGGCCAACUACUGCUGCUCACACAUCUCUGGCGGCACCGCGCUUCUUCUCCUCUGUGAGGCUGAGAUGGGCGAUCCCAUGCAGGAACUCACCAAUUCUGAGUACAAUGCAGGCGAUCAUGCCAAGGCCAAGGGCAUGUGGACGACCUGGGGCAAAGGUCGGACCGGCCCGUUGAAGUGGAAGGACGCCGGUGCAGUGCAUCCCACACUGGCUGGUGUCAAGAUGCCCGAUACAAACGUCAAGCCGGGAGACACAAACUACCCCAACGCCUGGCUUCAGUACAACGAGUUCAUCUGCUAUGACGUUGCCCAGAUCCGCCUUCGAUAUCUAUUCCGGGUCAAGAUGUGA